AUGCCGGCCUCCGGCGAGGGUGGCACCACCUCCGACCCCCCUCUGGUUGACAGCUAUCGCACGCUGCUCCGCAAAGGAGGUGGCGACGGCUUUGUGCCGGCGCUGGCGGCCGAGAGCCUGGCCGUGCUGGAGUGCGACCUGCCGAUGAUCGACUUGGAGCGCCUGAUGAUGGGCGACGCUAGGGAGAGGGGCGUGUGUAUGGACGCCAUGGCGAGCGCGGCGUCGGAGUGGGGCUUCUUCCAGGUGAUCAACCACGGCGUGGGGCAGGAGCUCCUGGAGGAGAUGAGGCGGGAGCAGGCGCGGCUAUUUCACCAGCCGUUCAAUAUCAAGGAGAAGGCCGGACUCCUCAACGGGUCGUACCGGUGGGGGACCCCGACGGCGACGUCGCUCCGGCAGCUCUCGUGGUCGGAGGCCUUCCACGUUCCGCUCGCAAGCAUCUCUGGGGAAGACGACUGCGGGCAUGCAGAGCUCAGCUCCCUGAGGGGAGUGAUGCAGGAGGUGGCGGCCGCGAUGUCGCGGGUGGCGGACACGGUGGCCGGGACGCUGGCGAAGAACCUCGGGCACGAGUCGACGUUCCCGGCGGCGGCGGGGUGCGACGGGACGACGUGCUUCCUGCGGCUGAACAGGUACCCGGCGUGCCCGUUCGCGGCGGACACGCUCGGCAUGGUGCCGCACACGGACAGCGACUUCCUCACCGUCCUUUGCCAGGACCAGGUUGGGGGCCUGGAGAUCAUGAAGGACUCCCACUGGGUCGCUGUGAAACCCCACGCCCACGCGCUCAUGGUCAACGUCGGCGAUUUGUUCCAGGCGUGGAGCAACAACAGAUACAAGAGCGUGGAGCACAGGGUGGUGGCCAACUCCAAGGCGGAGCGCUUCUCCGUCGCCUACUUCAUGUGCCCGCCGUGUGACUCGCCCGUCGGCACAUGCGCCGAGCCGUCGCCGUACAAGCCGUUUACCUUCGGGGAGUACAGGCGCAAGGUGCAGGAAGAUGUCACGCGAACGGGGAAGAAGAUUGGUCUGUCCAACUUUCUCAAAGGUUCUACCUUUGACGGCCUGGCUGAAUGACAGCAUCGGACCAGAUCUUCUUAUCUGCGCGAGCUCAGUCUCUCCGUAGAAGCGUGCAUCGGCAGUUUGGCAUUGGAGAUUUUUUUCUUUAUACUUUUUUUUCAUCCUUUCGAUAUACUUUUUCCGUUUCAAAAUACUACAAUUCAGUCUUUUUGAGAGUUAAACAUGUCAUGUCUAUGUUUUUAUACUUUAAUGUA